UUGUCUUAAGAAUCGUCGAUCUUGCAAGAUGUUUUUUCUCACUUGGUUCUACGUCGCAGUUGUUGUCUUGGGUGCCCUGUGCGAUGGAGCCCCUCAGAUUCGCGGAGAAGCAGCCUUCUACUACAGCCCUUGGAUCAAGCAGAGCCCGCGGCCAGAGACGCACCCGUGCGACGAACUGCGGGGCGAGAGGGAGUCAUGGUACGCCCAGGCCAAGCGCGUGGGCGUCGUGAUCGUGGGCGGGGGCGCUGCCGGGCUGGCCGCCGCAAAGACCCUGGCGGACAGCGGCUACAGCGACUACGUCCUCCUGGAGGCGCAGGGGCACCUGGGGGGCCGCGUGUACACCGUCAGGGAAGGCUCUAUCACGGUCGAAGAGGGUGCUGAGUGGAUUCAUGGAGGCUGGCGGAACCCCUUAUACCGCAUUGCACGUGAGAUCGAGGCCGUGGAUCCUCUUUUGCCAGAUGAUGCCUUUGAGUGGCGUAUAGUGACCCAGGAUGGUGCUCCAGUCAACAAAUCCUAUGGUGACAUUUUGGAGGAACUGAGGGAUAUCUGCGAAAGGUCGGACUUUGGACUCCUGCCUUACUAUGACCUCCCUUACGGCUUGUGUUAUUUGAACAGAUUUAGCCAAGAAUAUCCCCCAGAGAAGGAUGCCGGCAUAAGGAGAGGCUUACUUCACUUCCUGGAACAGACCGCGAAUGGCGAGGAGGGCACCGAGGGCUGGCUGGACAUCGGCUCCCGCGAGAAGGACAAGUACCCGGAUUUCGGUCCCGAUCACCAGUGGAAGAAGGGCUUCGAUACGAUCGUCGGCUACUAUAAUGCAAGCCUCCAAGCCACCAACGUCAGGCUCAGUAGCCCGGUGUGUCGUAUCCUGUGGGACGAGGAGGAUGACCGGGUCCUUGUGGUGACGAGGAAGGGCGACUCCUACCUCGCCGCCCACGCCCUCGUCACCUUCUCCUUCGGCCACCUGAAGGAGAGGCACGCCAAGAUCUUCGAGCCGUCGCUGCCAGAGUCCUUUACGAAGUAUCUUGGGUACGUUGACUUGGGCAUCGCCGACAAGGUCCAGCUCGGUUGGGCGACCCCGUGGUGGGGCGACAGACCUCUCACCCUCGACAUCAUCUGGACCUCCAAGGAUAUUCCUCAGGACAGGCUGUGGCUAUACAACAUCGUGAACAUAGAGAGUCCUCACAGCGCGCCCAACGUCUUGCAAGUGUUCCUCGUGGGAAGGGAUUCCGUCACGAUGGAGAACCUGCCCGAGGAGACGGUCCUGGAGCACAUGAUGUACUUCCUGAAGAGACUCACCCGCACGGAGGUCCCGGAUCCCAUUUUCUUCCACAGAACGACGUGGUACAACAACCCCUGGACGCGCGGGGCCUACGAGACGUACAUCACCCUGUGGGGCGAGCAGCAGGGCAUGGAGAGCCACGACCCGCUGGCCAUCCCCGUCGCGAACUCGAACGGCGUCGAGGUGCUGGCGUGGGCGGGCGAGCACACCCACAGCACCCGCUUCGGGACUGUCGACGGGGCCUUGGCCACUGGCGAGCGGGAGGGCUACAGGAUUCUCGACUUGCUUGAAGAGAACAGACUAUAAGGACGACUUUUUCUCCAUUUUUCUGGUCGUCAUUCUUCUUUCUUUAUAUUGUGUCCCCUCUCUCUUUCUUUCUUUCUUCGGCUUGUUUCUUUUGUCAUUCUUUUCUGAUGGCUUUAGCGACUGCUAUAAAUCCUAUUACUUUCCUUAUUCGUUUUAUUCUUAAUCCAAGAUCUUGCCAUUCUUGAUUUAUGAAGAAGGAACACUGACGGAAGAGGCUGGGCAAUGGGGUCACAGCCAAGGUGUUUAGUGCAGAUUAUAAGUAUGCUUCUUUCUACGUCUACCUCCAUCUCCGUCUCUUUUUUGAGGUUGAUAGAAAGAGAAAGUGAAAAGGGAAAUUACGAGAGAAAGGGAAAUCAGUGCUGCCAUUUUGUAGGUAAAUUAAACUUUUGUUCUGUGGUAAAGAAGCCAAAUUGUUGAAUGUAGAGACGAUGAGUGCUAGAAAAAUAUGAGUUAGAAUAAAGUAAAUACUUCUAGGGAUGGAUUACAACCAUAAUAAAAACAAAACAUAAGCAGCGGAAAUCGAAAUAAAUAUCUAUAAAGACUUGUUGGACGUGAGGAUUUAGCCGAGCAGUCAGUAGGAAAAGUAUAGCAAUGCGCAUCCUAUUUUUGUUUGUAUUGUUCUGUACUUAAAGGUACAAGUAAUUAGAAAACAUAGAUGUUCACGUAAUGUCAGCACUUAAUAUGAAUGCAGAAAAGGGCACAUUUCACAUACAUCUAUCUUUUUGCCGUCCGCGCCGUACAC